UUAAUAGAAAGAAGAAACUUUUAGUUAGAAAUUUGAUUCAGAGCUUGAAGGGUUCUGGUAGUCGUGAAAGAGAAAAAAUUUCUUGAACAUAUGUUUUUCUUAGGACAAACUUUUUUUCCAUUUUGUAAUUUAAUCAUUUUUGGCUUAUCACAUGUUCCAUUUCACAUGAAUAAAAAUGACUAAAAUGUCGAUUACCUAUUCACGAAAUAAUUUUUUUGCCGUUACCAUUCUUCUUCUCAAUUUUGCAGCUAUUUCACACACUCUGAGCGAAACUCAAAAACGAGAGAUUCUCGAUAUCCACAAUAAGUACAGGAACAAUUUGGGAUGGAAAGACCGAACUGGGACCAGAUUUAGCGGUCAGGCCCAGAACAUGCGGGUCCUUAAUUGGGAUUCUCGACUGGAAGAAACCGCGGAAGAGGUAGCCGGGUUGUGCCGUAGAACCCACAUCGGCUUGUAUGGACCCCGCGUUGGUCUGCUGGAAAACGAGAUAGGGCCUAUAGGGGAGAAUUUGUACUUUGCAGACGGGUUCUCAGAAGAUCGAAACGUCGUCGCAUUGGUGAAUAAAUGGUACAGUGAAGUGCACAAAUAUGAAUGGGAAAACCACAGCUGCAGAGAUGACGUGCAUUGUCUCAACUUCACCCAAAUGAUCUGGGCCGACAGCGAAAUUCUGGGAUGUGCCCAGGCCAGGUGCGAAGACUCGGAGCAGACGGAAGUGUGGACCAAGUUUGUGUGUCACUAUGGACCCACUGGAAAUGUAUUCAACCAGGUUCCAUUCCAGUCUGCUCCAAACAACGAUGCAGAUAAUAUCUGCACUGAGCCUGGUCUGGUUAUCGAUGAGGUGUACCCUAAAUGUUGCUCGGAGAUAUAGAUAUAACUUACUCAAGAGAUAAAAACAAACUCUGAUGAUUGAAUGGACGAGUGUGGAUUUGUUCAAUUGGUUAAGGAAUGAUGUAGGUUUUGGAUGAAAUGUCUGUGACAUCAGUUUAUGGAUACGUUGUAAAAAAAAGAAAACGUCGGUUUUAUAAAAAAUUAGGUGCUUUAUCGGGUGACAGAGCAAGUAGCA